AUGAUUGCAUCUGAGAAUGGACACGACAAGGUGGUAGAUAAUCUUAUUAAAGUAGGAGCUGACAUAAACCAUGUAAACCAAAAUGGAUAUAAUGCCGUAAUGAUUGCAUCACAAAAUGGACACAACAAGGUGGUAGAUAUUCUUAUUAAAGCAGGAGUAGACAUAAAUCAUGUGGAAGAUAAUGGAUGGAAGGCCUUAAUGAUUGCAUCACAAAAUGGACACGACAAGAUGGUAGAUGAUAUAACUACAUUUGUAUCAGACAUAAACCAUGUAAAUGAAAAUGUUCAAGACACAUUAUUUUCUGCUGAUGGGAUAAAUGAUACUAAAGAUUACCUCAAUACUUUAAGCAUAACAAGGUCUCUGUUGUUUAAAAGAGACAAUAUGUUACAUCUCUACACUGUGCAGUUAAUUGAUGUGUGUUUUUUUGCAUUUGAAAAUAAGCACAAAAAUGUUAUUGAUUCGUUAUCUUCAAUGAACUUUACAUUUUUCGAUAAAACGACAUCAACAUCGUUGUUUUAUUAUUUUGUAUUAUUAUUCAAAAAAGCACUAAAUCAAGAUGUACAAAACGACACCAAAAACCAACUGAGCGACUCAACCGUCAGUGCACAAAACAACGCAGAUGUCCGCAACUUUAAAAGAUCCAUCGAUUGCUAUGUAAAGAUUGUUCUUCUUUCUCACAACAAUGAGAAACCAAGCUAUGAUAUUCUUCAUGACUUUGUUGCUGAUGUUAUGUUAGAGUUUUCUAACAUGAGAAAUUUUGACGCUUUACAUUUCUUCAUGUGUCAGAGGUGUUUGAAGACCAUCUAUUCUGCUCUAAAUGCUGAAGAUAAAUUGAGAUUUUUCACCUUACUGUUAGAUCAUAACUAUACGGAUAUUACGGCUAGAUGUUUAAAAGAUGAAAAUCUUCUUGAUACAACAGCACCAGGCUUUAGUUUGUCUUUAAUUCGUGAUAUGUUGAGUCUGUUGAUAAGCGGUAGUCAUCAUAGUACAGAGUUUGCUUUGCGUCUAGCUGAGUUGGACGUUAUAAAGAUAUGUACAGAUUUCCUCAUCACUCACAAACACGAACAGAAAUCCCAGUCUAAUUGGAUCAUAAUUCAAGUUUUUUCUAUUUUACACAACAUUGCCAGAAGGAAGGAAGUGAUAGGAUAUUUCACAUUAAAUAAUACAUUCAAAGCUAUUAAAAACAUGGAAAUCAAAGGCGGAUACACAUUGACCGUUGCAACAGUUUUGCUGUUGGAUUUAGCAUAUAAUUCAACCACAUAUACAGACGCAAUAAGUUUUCUAAACGAUAAUGCAAAACAAAUGAUUGGCUUCAACGUAAGAGAAAUAAACGGCACAGAUUUCCAAAUAUUGAAGAAGUCAUUAAGAUGUUAUGCUACGAUUACAGUUCUUAAAGAGACACCAACCCGUGAAGAAUUACAGGAUUUUAUUUCUGACGUAAUGUCUGAGUUUUCAACCAUGAGAGUCUUUGACGCUUUACAUUUCUUCGUGUACCAGAGAUGUUUAAAAACAAUUAGCUCUGCUGCAAAUGAGUGUGAUCGACUGACGUUUUUCUCUUUACUAUUGCAACUUAACUAUACGGAUUAUACUAUCAAAAGUUUGGAAGAAAAAAAUCUUCUCGAUACAACAGCACCAGGAUUUGAGAUGUCUUUAAUUCGUGAUGUGCUGGAGUUGUUUUCUGACGGUUGUGGUUAUAGUUCAGAUUUUGCUUUGAAAUUGUCUGAGUUGAAUGUCGUCAAAUUGUUUACUGAUUUUCUUAAUUCAAGCAAAAAAUUACAGAAUACGCAUUCUCGAGUCAUAACUAAACGAGUAAUUGACAUUCUCAUCAACAUAGCCCGCCGAGAAGGUGUAAAGAAAUAUUUUACAAGUAACAAAACUGCUGAAGCUAUAUUAAACAUGAAAUUUAUGGACAUUGGCACGUUGUUUUUAUCAAACCUUUUGGUUAUACUAUUAGAGGAGGACAAUAUCGUGGAAAAAGAGGAGAUAAGAAAAGUAAAACGUAGGGUAAAAGAAAGAUUAAUACCGGCGGUAAGAGGGGAGGAUAAAAGACUAUCUGAUUUGCCACUUUCUGUACUGCUUCAAGGACUAAGUAAAUUUACAGAGCGAGAUGAAUAUUUGAACGAGAUGUUACCACUUGUUCCCCGCCUAAAAGAAAUUCUUUCACAUGAAGAUAUAGAGGAACAUAUAUUUACUACCAAAUGUUUUAGAGAGUUGAGUAGAUUACCUAAAGCAAGUGAACAAAUCAUAAGAGACGAAACAUUAAGUGAUUUGGUAAAUAAAUCAUUAAGCAGAGGCCACAAGGAUAUCUCAGCAAAUGUACAUUCUAUACGUUGGAGAUCUGGGCGUGCUACAGGAAUGUUGCCAUCCAAAGCAGACUUUGUAGUUUCUGAGGAGUUUCCCAGAGAGUUUAAAAUUGAACCGAACCCGAUAGCUUUUGGUGGUUUUGGUAGCGUUCACCUUGUCAAUGAUAUAAAUGGGCCUAAAGAUGUGAAAUUUGUUACUAAGAAAAUGUUCCAAAAAUUAAAUGACACACGGAAAUAUAUGGAAAGUUUUCAAAAAGAAGCGUCGAUAUUAAUUAGACUCAAGCACGAGAGGAUUGUACAAUUUCACGGAUUUCAAAAGACAGAAAAUGAACUAUUGUUAUUUUUGGAGUUUGUUAAAAUGGGUUCUCUUUCGUCGUUCAUAUCAAAACGAGGAAGUUUAGAUGAGACCUUGACACGUCAUUUCACCAUUCAAAUUUUGGAGGGUGUGGAAUACCUGCAUCAUAAAAAUAUUUUACAUAGAGACAUAAAAGGUAACAACAUUCUAAUGCACGACGACUGGAAUAUUAAGAUAACUGACUUCGGGCUCUCUGAAAUUGUUGAUGAAAAUGGAAUAAAAUCAGACAGUGGAACAAUACGAUACAUGGCACCCGAAUUGAUCUACACAGCUGGAAAGAUUUUAAAAUAUACCAGCCGAGCAGAUAUUUGGAGUGUAGGCUGCACUGUUGUAGAAAUGUUGACGGGCAAACCACCAAACAAUUCUUUGCUUGAUGUACAGAUUGCGUUCAGAAUAAAGAACCGAGAUCCCCUGCUUAUCCAACUGCCUGCAUCAGCUUCAGAUCUUUUAAAAGCAUUUUUGGACAGAAUUUUUCAACAAGAAGCUAGACUGAGACCGACAGCCUAUUGACUGCUACACUACGAUCCUUUUAUUGUUGUAGAAAAUACAUGUGCAGAUGCAUUGGUUACAUAAUUUUAAGUACAUUCAAUUUAAUUCGUAACGCAAAUAAGUGUUUUAAUUUUUGAAAUUACUUUCUUUUUAAGCUGAGUGUUUAGAGCAGUGUUGUUGUGUCUAUAUAAUGUUUAAUUAAUUUUUAAUUUAUGUUAUUAUCGUAUGGAGCAACUGUUUUUCAUUAAAAAUUAAGAUGAUCCAUAAAGCGCAAACACAAAAAACAUAAUACAUAGAGUACCUUUCAUUUUAUUAAGAACACUCCUAUUUUAAUAAAAGUACGUGAAAACAUUUAAUUUUCAAGACUAAUUCUGUAUUUUUAUUUUAGUAUUGUUGUUGGU